UGUCGUUUGAGUAAAACAGCGACAAUAAUAUGAGUCGGUAAACAGUGAUAUAAGUCGUUUGAAAGGUUAAUUCAUUUCUCGGCAGACGGAAUUUAUAAACAAAAUACAAGUGAUUAUUGAUAAGAGGCGAACACAGCGCGGCGUUGCCAGACCGUCACAGAACAGCCGGUGUCGCUGCGAGGCCGCACCGGCUCGAUGCGACGUUGCCAGACCGCUAGCGGACUCUCGCUGCCGCUGCGAGUUCGCGCCGACCACGCUGCGUCAGUCCGCGACCGUCGCUUGUCUUGUGUGUCACGCGUCAGUAUCGCAUGCUAACAUUGUUCAUAGUGCCAAAUGACUUCGUAUUGUUUAGACAUAGAGGCCUUCAUUAGCGAAGUCAGUAAGCACCCGCAAAUCUGGGACCUAAACAAUGAAGAUUUUAAAUAUAAACAUCGCAAACAGAACGCAUGGGCAGAGGUAUCCCGGAUAUUCAUCAACGACUUCGCCGAUAUGACCCAGGGAGAAAAGUUGGAUGUAUAUAAAAAGCUUAACGGGAAAUGGCGCAACAUACGAGAUUCGUACGUACGCAGUCUCAGGAAAGGUUACGGUUACAUGUAUGCGAAACAUCUGUCCUUCCUGAACAACAUAUACAAGAGCACCAGCCAAUCUGGCAGCGACGCUGAGCAAGACGACAAUUGGCAGAGCGACGACGACUCGGCCAAACUGAGCAACGUCUCAUUCAGAAAGAGCUUCAAUAUCAAAAACUGCGAUGGAAUCACGGAACGAAGCGUGGACUGGCAGAGUGAUGGCGAGGAGAUUCCUCUCAGAGCUCCAGUCAGAAGUGUUAGGAAACGUCGGAAAAUCAUUCCGGAGAUUGAGUACGUCGAGCCUCUCGCGGAACCAACCUGCAGCAGUACAGGCGAGGACGACGACAGAUCCUUCUUCGAAUCCGUUCUGCCGGCAGUGAGAGUGUUCGAUAUUGACCAGAAACUAGAAUUCCGUGGUGAAGUACUUAGAUUAAUCAAAAUGAUAAGAUAUAGGAAGAUAAAAAUUAAAUCCGAUCCAACUGAAGACUUAUAGUGAUAUUAGAUUAGUUCUAUUCCAUUCCAAUUUGUGGUAAAUAAAUAAUAUAAUAUAUAUUUUUUUUUAUGAACAUAAUUUCUUGUCAUUACAUGAAAACC